CAGUGGGCUGCGGUAUUGAUGAUGAAUAAUCUGACGUGUUGUUGCAUUCGCGUUUAAUUCUUUAAAAUGACAGUGUAUCUAUCGCGCAUGGCUAAAUCUCUCCUCGAGAUCUCCUUGAUAAAGGUUUUCCUGUCAGGAGCAUCCCACCGUUACUAUGCUAUCUGUGGAGCGAUCGCCUGAAGGUGAAAUAAGAGGCUUUUGAUUCACCAUGAGAGAAAGUGGUCAGUGUCGAUGGAGUCUCUGAAUGCUGUGGAGCUCCGUGAACUGGGGGAUAGGAGUAGACGAGAACCUCCUCAGGCUUCAGGACUUUGGCCUGCGGCUGGCAUCGAGAACGCAUCGUUUGAGGAUGAGGAUUCGGGAACGAGGAUCCGUGUUACCUCCAGAACAUCUGGUCCUGGGUUCACGUCCAUUGACUCUCAGUCGAAUCCGCUGCCUAUUCGGAGAGAAGUGCUGUCACCGCGCUCCGAAGACGAACCUGAGCUUGAGUAUAGCAGCCACCCGGUGGACUACGGCUUCAUUUUCGCACUCAUUUUCCUCGUAAGUGGAAUUAUAUUAGUGGUAAUUGCAUACACAAUCCCAAGAGAGGCUAAAGUCAACCCGGACAAAGUGACAGCACGCCAGAUGGAGAAACUAGAGAUGUACUACGCACAACUCGGUUCUCACCUCGACAAGUGUAUUAUCGCUGGACUUGGCUUGCUCACUCUUGGGGGAAUGCUCUUAUCGGUUUUAUUAAUGGUGUCUAUAUGCAAAGGGGAACUGUAUCGCCGCAGGACUUUCGCUAGAAGACCCAUGAAAUCCUACGGAUCCAUUAAUAUGAGGAUGAGACAGUUAGCUGAGGGAGAUGGGAGGGAGACGCUUGUGGAAUGUGAACCGAACACCACUGCAGACGCUGCGAACGGUAAUCCGGUUCCUUCUGGAAUGCUAAACACGUAGGACAGCUGAAUCACAUUGAAAAACUUGAACCUUGAUGGAAAUAGUGCUCGCAAGGCAGCUU